AUGGGGACCAAUCGCUCAGCGGUGACCACACCGUCGCAGUACGGCCUGUUGAUACGGAUCACGUGCUUUCACUUGACUGUUGUGAAACCACUCCAUAUUGAUCUUGCUUACACUCGCAUUGCAGGCGCAAAUGUCUUCAGACGUCUGUCGGUCGACAUCAUCGCACGGAACCUCGACACGAUCAAGGUCGGCUCUCCGAUUCAAUUCUACAAAGAUCUUGCCCUGCGAUCAGCGAAGGUGCAGUGUGGCGGCUUGAAAAGUGGCAAGGCGCCAAUCGAAGAAGACGAUUGCGAAUACCACGAGCAUGUCGCGGCAGGCACGCCCUGUUACAAAACGAUGUUCUGA